UCAAAGACAGGUGUGGCGGUGGGGCACAGUGACAGGACUCUCCACGCAGCAGGGCACCUGGAGUUGGAAGGGCAGGAGCAUCGUCAUCCCCCUGGUGGAAGGAGGGGUGGCUGUUAAAGACUUACCAGCACGCUACUUACCCUGCUUGAGAGGUGAAUCUGAUGUUCGUGUAGGCUCAUGUUCCGUCUGAGGUCGGCUCAUGCCCCUUUGUCCCAGGACACCUGUCCACCUGCCUAUUGGUCCCUGCUGUUGCCAUCAACCCCCAGGUCGUCUGCCAUGGCAAGUGUGGUGUACCCCAGACAGGCCCCCGUGGACUUAGACAUCUACCAGAGCUCUUACAUGAUUGACUAUCAACCCUACGGGAAGCACAAAUACUCCAGGAUCACACCAGAAGAGCAAGUGAAGCUGGAUGCCCAAGUCCGGGACAAAGAGUUGUAUAGGCACGUCCCCAGCUCCAAGCCCAAGCUAAAGGAUGGAUACCCCGCCUUCAGAAAUCCGCCCAUGACCGCCAAGGACCUGGGACUCCCAGGCUUCUUCCCACCGCAAGACCAGGACCCGGCGGCCACAGCAGAGGGCGAAUGCAGGUUCACCAGCGUCUGCCAUUCCGUGUACCCGGUUUCCCAUGCUCUGCACCUGGCCCAGGGCGAUCCCAACUGCGCCCACCAGAGCGCCCACUUUCCGUGCCUCCUGGAGCCCGAGCGCCAGCCAGCUGCUGAGCAGGGCAAAGGCUACUUACUACUGCCUGGCUGCCUCUGUCCUUAUCGCCACCACGUCAAGGUCCCCAUCUUGAACCGAUGGGGGCCCUUCAUGCCAUUUUACCAGUAGGAAGUGUGAAGGCACCUGCAGGGGCACUGUGGGAACCGCGCCCCCUCCCUCAGGAAACCCCGGCACUGCCCUUGGGGAAUGGACAGGAGAAGUGAAAAUAAAGCCCUGGAAGGUGUUCUAGGA